CGAAUAAUAAAUGAUAAUAGUAUGGGACCAUGGAUGAGAAGAAUUACGAGUACUAGAACGUAUUCAGGUACUAGCAGAAGGUGCUCUUACUCUUCUGUUCGCAUUGCAAGAAAGCGCACAAAUCUAGAUAAAAAGCUUCGAAUCAAAUAGGGAAGAAAGGAGGGAAGUACCUGUACCGCGUACCGAAGAAGAUUCGGAGAUCAACAAUAAUAACAGUAAUAUCAUUAACAUCCUCCCAAGCGUUGACGUCUUUUUUCACUUGGUGAUCAUUGCUUGAAUACUUUCGAAAUUAAUGAAUCGGAACCUGUUGGUCUCGAGUGCACCGCAUAAAUAGCACAAGAAAUCACAAGGCCUCUAUCAAAGACAAUGAAUGCAGAAGGCAGCGAACUUCGUAGCAACGAUCCAUCUCCCAUGAGCAAUGCGGGAGAUGGAGGCGUUCGUACCCCUACGAUAGACUUUGACGACUGGGCGGUAGAUCCCUUCUCCCUCUCGAAGGAGAUAGACGUCUUCUCGUCGUUUGCCGGGGUAGAGGAAGAUGCACCAAACGCAGACUCAAAUCGGGCAUCCUUUCCUCCCUCUUCUGGCGCGGUGGUGGGAAAGAACUCAACUUUAACUGGCACUGAAGACAAGAAAACAUUAGUAGCCAACCAAAAAAGUCGAAAGAGGAAUCAUGCUCAGCAAUCGCAGGGGAAGCAAGCAACGACGGUUUCAUCGAAGAAUGCGUCGUCAGCGAAGAAACGAUCAGACUGCAUUCCCAUUUCGAGGAGGAAAAAGAAACCGAAAGGAAUGCCCAAGAGGCCUUUGAGUGCUUACAACCUAUACUUUCAAGCGGAAAGAACCAAUAUCAUUGCAAGCCAACAGGCGGAAAACGGACCGAGAAUUGGGUUCGAAGGCUUGGGAAAAAUUGUGGGCAAAAAAUGGCGAGAUCUUAGCAGUGCCGACAAGAAAGAAUACGAAAAGCUAGCCGAAAAAGAUAGCGAGCGCUAUCGUAGGGAGAUGGAUGCCUACCAGAAGAAAAAGGCUAAGCGGUUCGAAGAAGAAGCAGCGUCACGUACGCCAGUGGUAUCUAGCAUUCCAUCUUCCACUACCUCAGCCCAAGCUGCUCCUUUCGAUUUGAGGUUUCCGAAGAGGCAAGGUUCUAUACAGAUCGUGACCAUAGGAGGGGAGGGUGUUGGGAACUCUGUUGCAUUUGCGCAUCCUCCAGAGUCGAUGGUUUCUUCUGUUUCGUCGCUGCCUCCCGGAACAACCACGAUACCCUACCGUCCGGCUCAUUCGGCUCAUGUGGAACAGCCUCAAAGCCGGCACGCAUUGCAGCAAAACAGUAUUUUGGAGGCGCUAAACAUAGCUUCUGCUGUCGGUGGUGCUGUCACAAGGGUAUCUCCACCAAACUAUUACCCGCACCAAACAGUUCCGGACAAUGGCGACCUGCCACCAUACACCGUGCCCCAUCGCAACGACAACUACCCGAUGCAACCGGGAAUGGAGGUUGUUUUGGCCGAUCGCAACGGCAUUGAUCGCAAGUACCGUGUGCAAUACACAUGUUACUCCAUGACGAGACAAAAUGCGAACAAGUACAUCGAGAGUCUCACGCGGUCCAGCAAUUCUAGUUCCACCACGCCUGCGCCACCGCCGCCGCCGCCUGUAGCAACAACAAUGGGUGCAAAUACAGAAUACGGUGUAUGGGGGGUGUAAUGGGUUGGGUUGAUUAUUCUAUUGGGCUGAAUUGGGAGUGAGAGCCACACAAUCUACCCUUGUCAGAUCUACAAUUCAUUUCUUCUACGUUUCUGCAAUUUCAAAAUGUGAUUUUAUCUAUUUUACUUGUACAAGUACCGUGCUGUAGUUCAUAUGAUGACUAAGAAACUUAAAAAAACAUA